UGUGACACAGCCGGGGUUUUUCCCCUCCCUGAGCCCUGUCAGAGGUGAUGGAGGGGGCAAGGAGAACAUUUCCAAAGCCCGGUACCUCCGGAGCUCAGCCAUGUCCUCCAGCAGCCACAGCCACGCCGGGAGCCGGCAGUUCCCCGGGAAUUGCACCUUGGAGAAGGCCCUGACGACCGUGGUGGACGUUUUCCACCAGUACAGCAUCCGCCAGGGCGAGAUCGACCUGCUCAGCCUCAGCGACUUCAGGACGCUGCUGACGGAGCAGGCGCCGUCCUUCCUGGGGAGCUGCGUGAGUGCCGGGGGGACGAUCCCGCCGGGGUGGGGAGCAGGGCUGGGGUUCCUGGAGACCCCCAGAUGGGGCUCAAGCCACCAGCGCCUGUCCCUGUGA